AGGUGGGAAGUGUUCCCUUCUUGCCCGAGCAGUGGGCAUCGGUAGCGGGUAUAGAGCAGGUGGCCGUAUGGGAUAAAGCUAGAGAACAUUACAGGUGAACAGGUAGUCUGGCGCUGAAGGUCACAGUGAACACUACUGGACGCGUCGAGCGCCGCGGCGAGAGUAGUGGCGGUGCUGCCCUGGCCGUGCGAACAAGAGACAGUGCUUGUGAGACUCGGGUUGGUCGUCCUUCCCUCCCCCAGUGUUCUCGCAGAGUCUCUUCGUGUUGAAACAGAGACUCUAGUGAGGACUUGUCAAGAUGAAGUCCACCAGCACAGACGACCCCAAGAUGGAAACUAGGGUUUUGAUGCCAGCAGAAUUCUCACUGGUUGUGACGGCUCGGCCGCUGCCUCCCCUGGACCGCCUUGUGCCCGCCGAAGACUGCAUCAAGGUGUGCGCCACUCGUCCCCUGCCCGUCCAGACCCGCUACCUCCCCUUCAGCGGCACCGUCAGAGCGGACAAUCUACCCCUGCUGCCGUACCUUCCCCCCAUGGACGUGAGGUCCAGGUAUGGAGGCUACGACUCCGUUGACGAGGAGGGGCGACGUACCUGCAACUGGGUCCGCUUCCUGAAAGUGGCGCCGGUGUACAGCCACGAAGUGAACUUGGUGGGGCGCCGCGCCGGCCCCCGCGGCGACGUGGUAUUCGAAGUCGUCAGAGAAAUUCUUCCCGGCGGUGAGCUGCUGGCGUUCCUGCUGCCCGACAUGAGUGGGGAAAACGCCCUCUUGUUGCCGGCCCUCACUCUCAUCAGGUCUUCGCUGUACCGUAGAACAAUCGAUUCCAUAAUGGCAGAAGCUCCAUUAGACCUCUCCAGAUCACUGUUGACUUCUCCACCUCCGCGCCCCUCCAAUGGCAGCAUCAUGUCCAGAGACUCUGAUGCCGUCUCCCCGUCAUCUUCUCCUUCUCCGUCAUCAUCCCCCGCAUCCUCAACAUCGUCACCUCCGGCGUUCUCGCCAACCUCUUCGUCCGUAUUCCACGUGGGUCGCCAACAGUUACAGUUUGGGCUUCCUCCACGCCUACCCAUGGGUCUCGCGCCACAGUCACCUUCUGCUAUGUCUACAAACAGUUCCUCCAGCAUCUCUGUGCAGACAAGUUCAGUCUCUCCCUCCAUGGCCCCGGCUAAGCGGCGGGAGAGGACGAUGCUGCCGUGCUCGGAGUGCGGCAAGGCUUUUGAUCGGCCGUCGCUGCUCAAGCGGCACAUGCGGACCCACACAGGGGAGAAGCCGCACGCGUGCGACGUGUGCGGCAAAGGCUUCUCCACCAGCUCGUCCCUUAACACCCACCGGCGCAUCCACAGCGGCGAGAAGCCCCACCAGUGCGGCGUGUGCGGCAAGCGGUUCACCGCCUCCUCCAACCUCUACUACCACAAGAUGACGCACGUCAAGGAGAAGCCUCACAAGUGCUCGCUGUGCACGCGCUCCUUCCCCACCCCAGGCGACCUGCGCUCCCACAUGUUCGUCCACAACGGCCAGUGGCCCCACAAGUGCUCCAUCUGCGGCAAGGGCUUCAGCAAGCUCACCAACCUGCGAAACCACGCCCUCCUGCACUCCGCCAAGACGCGCGUGGCACCUACGGCAGCGCCGGUGUCCCCCUCCUCCGCCUCGCUGUAAGACGCUGGCAGAACCUCACCUUCACACCUCACCACUCACGCCCUCGCCUGCCACAUCCUACAGUCCAGGAGCGACGGCGCCCAAUCAUCUCCAUUGCUCUCACCAAACAUGACACAAUGCCAAAUAGAGUCUAGAGGCUUUAUUCUCCCUCUGUCGCACGUGUGCUGUGGUCAGCCUCCUUAUCUCUUUGUCUCACCCCUUUGCGAGAUAUACCUCUUCUGUCUGUGAUCUCCUGCAUUAGUGUGCAAUAUUUAUUUUUGUUCAUAAUGUAAAUAAUCGUCUACUAGUCUUAAGUGUAAAUAAACAUUCCAGUGACAAGUUA